UCUCUCUCUCUCUCUCUCUCUCUCUCUCUCUCUUCCCUCUCUUUUUUUAUUUUAUUUUUAAAUAAACAGCAUGAGAGGUACCACCAUCACAUUGUUUGUUGCCUCAUUGAGUUGCAUUAAAGCAAUCUCUAUCCCUCAACGAUCUGAAGCGCAAUGCGCUCUUAUUCAAAACAGCAUCUAUUGCUAUGGUGGUUUACUUGGUAAUGGUUCCGUUAUAGAUACUACACUGUAUAGCAUGCCAUUAGUUGAUCUACCCAAUAAUAAAUCAAUGAUCAACCUUGCCAAGACUUGGAACAUUGUCAAUGCCACUAACGUUGAUUUUAUUUUGGAGCCUAGAAGACGUACACAUUCAGUCUCCUAUAAUAAUUCUACUUUAUUGAUCACGGGAGGCUACACUUAUAACAACACAGCACUUGUCAAUCAGACCGUUGCUUAUCACGCAGACACAAAUACUUGGGAAAACCUUGGUUAUUAUACAGACUCACAAGGACGAGUAAAACAAAUAUACAACUCAGCCAUUGUAAGCUUGUUUUCUGCUGGUAAAACGUCGGUCCUCCUUUACGGUGGUAACACAGAACACCCCACAUACAAUGAUUCAGCAAUCAUUCUGACAGACAGUACAAAGCAAACUGUCAUGCAUCAAGGCUAUACAUCUGCUACCUUGUACGACUACAUGACAAAACAAUGGACUCAGCAAACUUCGCAAACAAACGUACCAUCUGGUAUCUCCUAUUCAGCUCAAACAGCGACUCUUGACCCCAAGACGGGUCUGGUUUAUUAUUUAGGUGGAUUCUAUUCACAGAGUAGUGAUGGUUACAGUGCUGAAAACAAGAUGGAUUAUAAAAGUGCCAAUGUCUUCAAUACAAACUCUGGUGCUUGGUCAAAUGUAAAAUUAAGUGGUACAUCUCCAAGUCCUCGUAUGUUUCCAACAGCUACUUUGUUGCCUAAUUCAAAUGAUAUCUUGUUAUUUGGAGGCACUUUAACUGGCAGUACAGGAGCUUUCACUGAUUUCUGCUACACUUUGAACUUGGAUACGCUUACAUGGACAUUGCACAACAUCAACACGGCUGGUCUUUCCUCUUCGCCUCCAAGAUUUGCUCAUUCGGCUGUCUUGGUCAACACGAGUCUGUUUAUCAUGUUUGGUUUGGCUGUGUAUAGCAAUCCUUUGAAUGACGUUCUUGUUCUCAGUGUGAAUGAUGUAAACAACUUGUAUUUCCCUGAUACCUAUCCUUAUAUUGAACAAAACUUUACAAAACCCAUGACAAAUGAUACGACUGUUACUAAAAUAGCAUCAGCAUCCCUUAGUACAGGUGCUACUGCUGGUAUCGCAGUUGCUGCUAGUGUUGCUGGACUUGGUCUUUGUGCUGCAGCCAUAUUCUUUUGCAUUUUUAAAAAGAAACGAGACAAAAAGAAGAUGGAAGAAAUGUCUGUUGAUUGGGAUCAAGUUGAAGGCUUCUAUACUGCUCAACCCGAAACUGAAAAAUACUUUCCUGUUGAAGAGCCUCGAUACGCAACACCAAAUGCCUAUGAAGAUCAUCAUGAUAAUGAUACUAAGGAAAGCACCACCGUUGUUUCAACACCUCCUAUGGAACAUGCCUCGUCCACUACAGUGUUGAUGAAACCUUCUGUGAUUGAGGGAAGUGAUCAUCGAUAUGUAAAUCAGCCUAUCAUAUUAAAGCCUGAUUAUGCAGAAUAAAAUAUAAUCUGAUUUUCCAUUGUUUCUG